CGCAAAGCAUGACGGUAGUCAACAUCCGCCAUAUUUUGUUCUUCUUCUUGGUUGGGAAUAAGGGUAGUAUUUUAUGGAUAUUUCCUGGCGUUUUUCCAUUUUAAGAACAACCUGACAUUUGGGCCAUGGCUGGCGUCGACAAUGCUACCAAAUACAUGGGGAUAACCUCCCCGAUCAGCAUGGUAGAACCCAAGCCAUUUGAUAUAGAAUUGAGCAAGAAGUUAGAAGAUACACUUAAACCAUAUGGUGUAUUUGAAAGUGAGGAAGAAUUAGCACACCGAAUUGAAGUACUCAGUAAAAUAAAUAACCUUGUAAGGCAAUGGAUUCAUCAAGUGAGUUUGGAAAAGAACAUGCCUGAGAGUGUUGCAGCUACUGUUGGUGGAAAGAUUUUUACAUUUGGUUCCUAUAGACUAGGGGUACACACUAAAGGGGCUGAUAUUGACACACUGUGUGUAGCACCAAGACACAUUGACAGAUCAGAUUUCUUCAAGUCUUUUUAUGAACUUCUAAAACUGCAACCAGAAGCCAAAGACAUGAGGGCUGUUGAAGAAGCAUUUGUACCAGUCAUCAAAAUGACCUUUGAUGGAAUAGAACUUGACAUGUUGUUUGCUCGGCUGGCACUACCAUCUGUUCCUGAAGACCAAGACCUGCGAGAUGAAACCUUGCUUAAAAACUUAGACCAAAAAUGUGUUAGGAGUUUAAAUGGUUGUCGAGUGACAGAUGAAAUACUUCGACUUGUACCUAAUCAGGAAAGCUUUCGUUUGGCUUUAAGAACCAUUAAACUCUGGGCAAAGAAGAAGGGGAUUUAUUCUAAUUCUCUGGGCUUCCUUGGAGGUGUGUCAUGGGCUAUGCUGGUGGCCAGGGCAUGUCAGCUCUACCCAUGUGCUUCUGCAGCUGUCCUUGUUCACAAAUUCUUUCUUGUUUUCUCAAAGUGGGAGUGGCCAAAACCUGUUUUGUUAAAGCAUCCAGAUGAACCAAAAACUGGACUUUCCUUUCCUGUAUGGGACCCAAGGGUCAAUCUGUCAGACCGCUUCCACCUUAUGCCCAUCAUAACCCCAGCAUAUCCACAGCAGAAUUCCACAUUCAAUGUCACAGUCUCAACCAGGACCAUUAUGAUGAAAGAAUUUGAAGAAGGUUUGAAUUUAGUGACCUUGAUAUUUGACAGCAAAGCUGAAUGGGGACAGCUAUUUGAACCUUCAAACUUCUAUCAGAAGUAUAAACAUUACCUAGUCCUAAUAGCAAAGGCAGGGAAUGAAGCACAUCACUUAGAAUGGUAUGGUUUAGUUGAAUCAAAGAUCCGAAUAUUAGUUCAAAACCUUGAGAGAAAUGCUUAUAUUGAGAUAGCCCAUGUCAACCCCAAGUCAUUUGGACCUCAGGAUGUGGAACGAGAAGGAAAAUAUGUAACCAAGUGGAUUAUAGGCCUUUUAUUUAAAAAGGUAGAAAGUGCCAACGUGAACCUCACAUCAGACAUUCAGUUUUUCUCUGACACAUUAUUCCGUCAGGCCCACAACAUAGGAAUGCUAAAAGAUGAUAUGAAUUUCGAAAUCAAGCAUGUCAGACGGAAAGGUCUGGAUGAGCAUCUACCUCCAGAUAUCUUGCAGAAAGUGCGGGCCAGAGAAAAAAGUAAAAAGGAAGGUCAGAAGUUGGCGUCUAACACACCAACUGGCAAAACAGGGUUGAGGCGAACGAGUUCCGAUCAUGGCACGGGACUGAGUCACAGUAAAUCUGACACUGACUUGAUACGCCACAAUACCAGUCAUACAGUGAUUUCAAUGGACUCUGAUGAUGCUCAGGAGGAAAUAAGUGCCUUCACUGCCAGUACAGGCUCAGGAGCCGGAGAUGUUAGUUUAGAUGUCAGUGACCUGUCAAUGCAAUCAGAGCAGGGGGCCAGCAGGGACGGGCCAAGUGCAAAUGGGAUGGUGGCAAAUAGACAUGCAGAGGGAGACCAUGAAUCUGAUGAUUCCAAUCCAGCCAUAAACAAGCGUCCACAUUCACCAGGGCCACAGAGUAGUCCUUCAAAGAGACCAAAUAUAGAAGAACAGGGUAACGAUUCCCCAAUGCAGGUAGAAUACAAAACCCCUGCUGGCCUGGCUCCAAGAGCAGCAGAUAAGCUGCACAUCCACAGGCUCCCCAGCAAUGAACUGCCAGAUAUUGCCAGUCCAUCCCCAGUUCCCCUGCCUCCCAGCCAGGUCAACAAGAAGUCCAUACAGCUCUCACUGAAACUAAAGUGACGUGUGUGUUUGUGUGUGUGUGUGUGUGCGGGUGUGUUAGAGAACGCAAGGAUGAGGGAGUUGUGAAUACCGUUAGCAGACUGUGUUUCUUAGAGCUACAGAAGAAGCUGGAUGACUUAUAUUGCAUCACCAGUGCUGCCUAGUGUUUCCAGUUCUGAAGACUGUAAAAAAAA